ACAAAAACAAAAACCAAAAGCACAAAACGAACAACAGCAACUGUAAAAUGCCGAAGCCAAAGCCGAGACAAAACCGACUACGCCGAUGUCGAACACCGACGCAACGCCGACGCAGACGCCUCGGUUGCCAACUCGAUAAAAGUGUGUGAUAGAUGACGUUACCGUUACCGGUCGCGUUGCGUCGCGUCGCAAUUGUUCGUCGCGGUUACUGUCGCUGCUGCUGCUGCUGCGGCUGCUGCUGCUACUGCCUGACAGCUGCUCACAUUUGGAUAAUAAAAGUGGCAACGAGCACUCGAGCACCAAGUUAAUUUGCAAACGCUGCUCAUACGUUGCGGAGCAAAAAGCAAACCCCAAAAAAAAAAACAACACGUGUUCCCCCCUUCAGUUUACCCUUUGAGUUCACCACACUCGCACUCACACUCCGAUUCACAGUGUGGCCAAAGCGCGUGCGUGUGCUCAGCAGUCCAGUGUGUGUCGGCCUUAUUCGCAUUCACAGCCAGCUAUAGCGCUAUCGACAUCCACAUCGGCAUUUAAAACAAACACGAGCAGAGCAGUCUUCAUCUCGUUGCGCUCCUAUACUCCAACCAAAAUCGUCUCGAUGAUUGGGUCCACUGUCCCAAAACUAACGGCGAAAAGUGCUUCCCAUAAUUUUCCAUUAUAACGAAUGCCCAACCAACAAUAACAACAACAACAAGAAAAACAACAAGUAGCACCAAAGUAAGCCCAGCGGAGGAAUCCAGAAUUAUAGUAUAAUAAUGCCAAAAAGAAUGAUAAUGGAUAACUCCGAAGCAGUGGGUGGCGAAAGUGCCUGGUCCAAACUGCUCAUCAGUGAGGACAAAAGCAAGAAGGCUGUGAUUGCUAAAGCGAACAUCAUCACGAAGGACUCCAAGGAGUCAGAACCACUAAAUGUGGAACAACUCAGGGGUGAAGCGCCAACCAAAACUGUUACAACGAUUGCGGUCAGCUCGAGCGCAGAUCCAAUUACAGAGACGAGCACCAACAUGGAGCAAUCGUACAAUCGGAGCGCCACCUACGGAUCGGGCAUGAAUAGUGCCGGCGGCGAAUCGAGCAACAGUGGCACCCUCCUCUCCCGCAAAGAAUCAUUCCUGGGCUCGUGCCAUAGGCAACUCAGGAGAUCCAUCAAAGCGGUCAGCGAGUCGCCGGGACCAUUAACUAGGUAUCGGCAGACGCGGUUCAGCUCGCGUCGUGUGCGGAAACGUGUCGUCUUCAAGCAUGGCGAGUGCAACGUGGUGCAAGGCAACGUGGCAAAGAGGCGUCGUCGCUAUCUGCAGGUGCUAUUUCAGGACAUCUUCACCACACUUGUGGACGCACAGUGGCGCUGGACGCUGCUAGUGUUCGCCGCCAGCUUCGUCAUCUCGUGGGCGUUCUUUGGGUUUAUUUGGUGGACGAUUGCGUAUGCGCACAACGAUCUGGAGUACUUCAAUCUGCAGGAUACACAGCCCGAACUGAUUGUGAAUAUGACCCACACGGUCUGUGUGACGGAGGUGAAGGGCAUUAUGUCCGCGUUCCUCUACUCGGUGGAGACGCAGACAACGAUUGGCUAUGGCAAUCGUUAUGUGACUGACGAAUGCCCCGAGGCGAUAUUCACCAUGUGCAUACAGUGCAUCACGGGUGUCUUCAUCCAGGCCUUCAUGGUGGGCAUUGUGUUUGCCAAGCUCUCUCGGCCAAAGAAGCGCGCCCAAACGCUGCUCUUCUCGAGAAAUGCGGUGAUCUGCCAUCGGGAUGGAACCCCUUGUCUGAUGUUCCGUGUGGGAGAUAUGCGCAAGUCGCACAUCAUUGAGGCGCAUGUGCGGGCCCAGGUCAUCAGGAAGAAGGUGACCAAGGAGGGUGAGGUGCUGCCCUUCUAUCAGCAGGAGCUGCACGUGGGCGCCGAUGGUGGCGAGGAUCGUCUCAUGUUCAUCUGGCCAACCACAAUAGUGCACAAAAUCGAUAGGAAUAGUCCGCUCUUCAUGCUCUCCGCCUCCGACAUGCUCAAGGAGCGCUUCGAAGUCGUUGUCAUGCUGGAGGGUGUCAUCGAGUCCACUGGGAUGACGACGCAGGCGAGAAGCAGCUAUUUGCCAUCGGAGAUACUGUGGGGCCAUCGGUUCGUCAACGUGGUGUCCUUUCGCAAGGAGACGGGCGAGUACGAGGUGGACUACACCCUGUUCAACAAUACGUACGACGUCGAUACGCCGCUCUGCAGCGCCAAACAGCUCGACGAGCUCAAGUCCGAGUGCACGAGGAGUGCCAAAAGCGGCAUAGUUCCGUUUGCGGAUCGUACGCUUUCGGCGGCCAGCAUGUUGCAGCGCAUAACAUCGGCGGCUUCUGUGGACCACUUGGAUCCGGCGAGCGAUGAGUCGCUGGACUCGGGCCGUCUGCAAAUACGCUCGCAUUCCAUACCGAACGGUGUGCUGGCCCCUGAGCUGGAGCCGCUGAACAAUAACAAUAACCACAAUCACAAUAACAAUAAUCAUAGCAGCGGACACAGCAGCCACAAUCAUGGCAAGCCAGGUGCACUGUUCACGAUGGGCGGUCAUAAUAUCGCUAUAACGACAACGGCGCCCAGCAUACCCAACCUAACAAGUAUUAAUGAGAGAACCAACUCCGGUAAUUCCAUAAAUAGCAGCAACUACAGCAACAGCACCCUCAACGUUGGCUCUGGCAGCGGGAGCAGCAAUACCGUUACCAGUACCGGUGGCAAUGGCAGCUCUCGCCCAAAAUCGAAUCCUCGAAGAUUGAGCAUUAAACAGGAUCAGCUGCCCAUCGAUUCCAUGUGCUGAAAAUUAUUAUAUUGUGCCAGGCCAAAUGAGUUUAUUUUUUCUUGUCGGCCCCCCGAUCUGAUGUGUUGUAUUCGUAGUGUAGGCUCGUAGAAUUCUAAUUAGGAUAAGUGAAUAUAGUUUAAACAACAAAGCAGAGGGCGCCUCAAAAACGCAGCUCUGUGACUAGCUGUGAAACUGAACCCUAGACCCCUUUAUCUUGUCACCCCAAAAUACCAAUAUCGAUUGAUUCCUAAUCCCUUGGAUCGUUUCUAGUUUGUAAAAUUUAAUUUGAUGAUUCGUUAGUGUUAGUUUUAAUGAAUUUAUUAUACAUAUGAACAUUAAAAAAUUGAUAUUAAAACCAAGAACGAUAUGCAAUUGCACAAAAUAUUGAAACCAAAAUGCUGCAAAUUCCUCGUUAACUCUUAGACAAUUGUAAAGCUCAUAAAUGAUAUUUAGUGCAAACAUGAUGUUACAUGAAUUUUUAACUACCUUAAACGAUGAUUGUUCAACAUCUGAUAUACUCAAUGAUUAAUUGUGUAGAGUAAAAAUGAAUAGGUAUUCAAAAAAUUUUUAAAUAUGCCACAAACACUGGCUGAAAACACAAAUGAGCUUCAAUUGUUACAAAUAUAAUGUGUGGACAAUAAAUGGAAUGAGCAAGUGAAUGUUUGAUUGAUGUAUUUUAUUUACAUAUAAGUGUCAUAAAGAUUGUAAACAUUAAAGACCGAGAAUAUAUAUUUAAACAUA